AUGACGCUAGCUAGAAAGUUGCUGCUUCAGCUCAGUCCAAGGAUGGCCGAGGAAUGGCUUGGGCGAGCUUCUGCGCACCCCUUGUCCUUUUCCUCCACGCCCUGGCCAAUCACGGCAGGUCUCAAGCAAGCCCGACUGAGAACGGAGGAGGAUGUGCGCAACUUCUAUGAUUGA